GGUAGUUUUGCAGCGGGUGAGGGCGGUUGAGUCAGGGUUCGUGGUGGAGUCCAGCUUUGUUAAGAGUUUUACAAGUCGCUGCAGCAAUGUCAGGAACAGAUAGUGCGGGUGAUGAAUCUCUUUACCCGAUUGCAGUUCUGAUCGACGAGCUUCGAAAUGAAGACGUUCAGCUGCGGUUAAACUCUGUAAAGAAGCUGUCAACAAUUGCACUGGCUCUGGGUGUUGAGCGCACCAGGAAUGAGCUGAUUCCUUUUCUCACUGAGACUAUUUAUGAUGAGGAUGAAGUGCUUCUUGCCCUGGCUGAGCAGCUAGGCAACUUCACAAAGUUAGUUGGAGGAUCAGAAUAUGUCUUCUGUCUUCUGCCAGCACUGGAGUCUCUGGCCCAGGUGGAGGAGACGGUGGUGCGCGACAAGGCGGUGGAGUCGCUGCGCUCUGUCUCGAACCACCACACCUCUGGCGACCUGGAGGUGCACUUUGUGCCACUGGUAAAGCGGCUGGCCUCGGGUGACUGGUUCACCUCCCGCACCUCCAGCUGCGGCCUUUUCGCCGUCUGCUACCCAUGCGUCAACGACAAGCUCAAAGCCGAGCUGCGGGUGAACUUCCGCAACCUGUGCCAGGACGACACUCCGAUGGUGCGCCGCGCCGCCGCCAGCAAGCUGGGCGAGUUCGCCAAGGUCGUGUCCAACGAGCACCUCAAAUCCGAGGUCAUCCCCAUGUUCACCGACCUGGCCGGCGAUGAGCAGGACUCUGUGCGCCUGCUGGCGGUGGAGGCAUGCGUCAGCAUCGGCUCGCUGCUGGCACGCACCGACGUCGAGCAGCUGCUGAUGCCCACCCUCCGCCAGUGCGUCGAGGACCAGUCCUGGCGCGUCAGGUACAUGGUGGCGGACCACUUCACGGAGCUGCAACUGGCCGUGGGUCCGGACAUCACCACCGCCGACCUGGUGCCGGCCUUCCAGUCGCUGCUGAAGGACUGUGAGGCCGAGGUGCGCGCCGCCGCCGCUCAGAAGGUCAAGGACUUCUGCGACAACCUGGACAUGACGACGCGCGAGACGCAGAUCGUCACGCACAUCCUGCCCUGCGUCAAGGAGCUGGUGACGGACGCCAACCAGCACGUCAAGUCGGCGCUGGCAGGCGUCAUCAUGGGCCUGUCGCCCAUCCUGGGCAAGAACAACACGGUGGAGCACCUGCUGCCGCUCUUCCUGACGCAGCUGAAGGACGACUGCCCCGAAGUCCGGCUCAACAUCAUCUCCAACGUCGACUGUGUCAAUGAGGUCAUCGGCAUCCAGCAGCUGUCCCAGUCCCUGCUGCCGGCCAUCGUGGAGCUGGCCGAGGACACCAAGUGGCGCGUCCGACUGGCCAUCAUCAACUACAUGCCGCUGCUGGCCGGCCAGCUGGGCGUCGAGUUCUUCGACGAGAAGCUCAGCCAGCUGUGCAUGACGUGGCUAAUCGACCACGUGUUCGCCAUACGGGACGCGGCCACUGUCAACCUGCGCCGCCUGGUGGAGAAGUUCGGCUCCGAGUGGGCCCAGAGCGCGGUCAUUCCCAAGGUGGUGGCCAUGGCGCGCGACCAGAACUACCUGCACCGCAUGACCUGCCUCUUCUGCAUCAAUGUGCUGGCCGAGGCGUGCGGUGCCGAGGUUACGCUCUCGCUCAUGCUGCCCACCGUGCUCGGUAUGGCAAACGACAACGUCGCCAACGUCCGCUUCAACGUGGCCAAGACGCUGCAGCGGAUGUGCGCCGUGGUCGAGCCCGGUGCUGUGCAGUCUCAGGUGAAGCCGAUCUUGGACAAGCUGAACGCCGACCCCGAUAUAGACGUAAAGUUCUAUGCGUCGGAGGCCAUGACUGCCCUGGGUCUGGACGGCGCGGCGCGCCCGGCCUCGUUCGGCCGCGAGGUGCCGGCGGCCGCCAUGUGAGCUGGUGACCCGCCCGGCGCCGCCGCCGCCGUCGCCGCCGCCGUCGCCCGUCGCGCGGCGCUCUCCGUGUAGUGAAGUGUGCCCACCCGCGACCUCCGACAAGCUCGGCCGUGUGACGUUCCACAGUGGUCUCAUCAAGGCUAUCGGGAGCACGCGCCCCGCGAUUCCUCGGCGCAUGGCGCGCCCGUGGCGCCGUCUUUACCUCGCGUACCGCGACCAGUGCGUGCACUUCGUGUCCCUAUCACCGCUGACUGGCGGAGAGAUGGCAGCACCGCUGGCCACCGUGGAGCCGGAGACAGCUGGGAAAGGCGUGCACAUGUGAACAGCACCUGCUGUAUCCCAACGCAGCUUGGUGGGGCACCGGACUGGAUGUGUGUUAACGGGUGUCGGAUGCUCGCGGUGUUGAAUGAUCCUCGCUGUCACCUGACUAUUGUAGGACGUAUUGUGCACCUCUGAGAAAUUGCAUCAACAUCUCAACCAAAACAUUACCACUCCUGCAGGUAUGCGACGGGACCGGACUCGUCUGCGGCUAGGGAGGUCAACAUAAUGCUAUGACUGUAGAUUUAACAUGCCUCGAUUAGAACAUUCACUGACAUAUGGUGUCCGCACUGUGCAUUGGAACAUAAACCAAAGCUGACGGGGUUCAGAGGCCCAUACAUGUUUUUUUCUUAAUUGUGUAAUUGGUAUCAUCAGGUAAAAAGAAUAAACCGCAGAAUAUGUUGUCAACAUUCAUGCAUUUUUUUGCUCCAGAAAAUAGAAAUGAUUCUCGCUG